AUAUUGUUGAUGAUGAUCUGGCUAGUGUCCUUGAAUUCGUAGAAACAAUAUAUAAAGAAAAUGUUGCAACCACCAUUUCUUAUAAGCAAAAGAAAGAACAAGGCUUAAUUCAGGAAAUAUCUGCAGGCGAUAGCCAAGAUGAUGCAUUCCCAUCCACCCAAGAUCAUGACUCCAUAUCUCCAGAAUAUGCAACUGAAAUUUUGCUGACCUCAGAUGACUUACCCAAAACUGAUGUAGGUGAGAAAACUUUACCGACAAUUGAG